AGUACUAUAAUUAUGUAAACGCUUAAUUUUACUAACAAAUUGAAGUAAAAAGAGAUAUGGAAUAUGAAAAAUAUUAUAAUGUAGAUUUUAUUCUAAUCGACGUAAGCUCACUGUAAUCGUUCAAAGCCUGUCUUUCGAUUAAAAAUAAAAUCAUUCAUGAUGACAUGGCGGGCAUUAAUCUAAGGCAAACUUUAGAAACGAAAAUGUAAUUAAACUUUGAUCUUUUAUAUAUAAUUUAUUCCAUUUAUCAAUAUACCUACAUUUUUUGUACAUAAAUGAUCUUCAUUAAAUAUGAUAUGAUAUUUUAAAAAUAUAUAAAAAGCAACGUAUAAUCUGUAUUACGGUUAUAAUGUAUAAUUUAUUCUCUUCUUCUUUUAUCAUUCAUAUACUAACGAUCAAUUGAUACGAUUACAUCACAAAAAACGAUUAUUCGAUCAUUGUAAUCAUUGCUUAAGUUGAUAAAAGUAUAAUACACACUCUCAUAAUAAAUAGCGAAUAUAUGACGUUUGCGCUGACAGAUGUCAGUAGUUUGCAAAUUUGUCAUGCCUAUAUGUAAGUACCACAACAUGAAAGUAGUAUGUAUAUACGUUAAAACAUAAUAAUGCUGUAUCAUAGAAGUAAAAAUUUAGUUAAAUAUUAAAAUGUACAUAAUUUAAAGUGUUCAGAAAUUUACAUGAAACGAUAUAUCAAGUAAGUAUUACCAGCAUUACACUUACAAGUUUUAAGAAAAGCUAGGUAUGUAAUUUAUAGCUUCAUUUAACAUUUUAUGCUUUUAAGUAGGUGCCUAUUAUAACAUAUUUAUAAAUUACUAUCUUUUAAUAAUUAUGAUAUGCCAAUAUCUAAAAAUUUCUGUCAUUCACAAAUAAAGAAAUUAAUGAAUAUUAUUAUUGGCUAUAAGCAUACAUGUGAUAUUUAAAGUAUUUAUUUAAUGGUGUAGUUAAUAAGAGUCAACAAAAGUAGCUACAAGAAUACUUCCAGCCUGUAAUUGACUGCAGUAUCUAUGGAAAAUGGUAGAUAUAAAAAAUAAUAUAAAUAAAUCAUACGACUCUAAUCAUGAAUCAAGAACCAGAAUUAACAGUUCUGAUACUGUGCCAUCAACACCUUCUUCGUCAUCUGAUUAUAUGACAGGAGAAGCAGAUGAUAGUUCAGAUAGUAAAGCUGCUAUACCUUUUAGUUUAAAAUCAGUGGAAACUGUACUUUCAUUAUCUAAGGCUACUUCUGAAGAAUAUCUUAAAGAUAUGAUAGAAAAGUGUAAGCAAAUGGUCUUAGAAAGUGCAGAAUGUUCUGAUGAACGAAAAUGGCUUGUUAGACGAUUAAUUGAAUUACGCUUAAGAGUACAAGAAUUAAGAGAGACAUCAGAAGAAAAUUUGCUUGAAACAGAAGUCAUUUUAGGACAUCAUUUAGUACCACAAAAAUAUUAUAUAACUACUUCUGGGCCUGUAUAUUGUGAUCAUUGCAGUGGAGCUAUUUGGACCAUGCUUCAAUCAUGGUAUAUGUGUAGUGAUUGCAAAUUUUGUUGCCAUUGGAAAUGUCUAAAUAAUAUAUGUAGAGUGUGUGUUCAUGUAGUUGCUAGUGAAGCUGGUGGUUAUACUUACACAAAAGAUAUUUGUCCUGAACAGGGUUUAUCAAGUCAGAAAUACAGAUGUGCCGAAUGCAAAGUUCGAAUAACAUUUAAAUCAGCAUGGAUUGAACCCCGUCUUUGUGACUAUAGUGGAUUGUAUUAUUGUCAAAGAUGUCAUUGGAAUACUGCAAUGGUAAUUCCUGCAAGAGUGAUUAGAAAUUGGGACAUGGAACCAAGAUUUGUUUCCCGUGCCGCUGCACAGCUUUUAACACUUUUAGAAGAACGUUCUGUUCUGUUACUUGAAGAAUUAAAUCCAAAAUUAUUUACUUUAGUUCCAGAUCUCUCUGUAGUGAAGAGAAUGCGGGAGGAAAUGCAGAUGAUGAAGCGUUACUUAGUUUUGUGUCCAGAAGCUAAUAAACAAGGAUUACCAUGGAAAAUUGGAAUACGCACUCAUAUGAUAGAAAACUCGGGAAAUUAUUCGAUUAAAGAUCUCGUUGAUCUUAAUAAUGGAGUACUCUUAGAAGAAAUUCGUACUGUGUAUGACACUAUGCAUACUCACAUCACAGAACAGUGUGAAUUAUGCAAAGCGAGAGGUCAUUUAUGCGAAUUGUGUGGUAAUGAUGAAAUUAUAUACCCAUGGAAUGCAAGUUCUAUCACUUGUCGUCAGUGCUCGGCUGUUCAUCAUCGUGCAUGUUGGUCGAAACAAAAUCACUGUUGUUCACGAUGCACAAGGCUUCAAAAGCGACGUGCUUUGCAAGAUAAACAAACUCUAGACACAGAUGAUAUUACAGAAAAUGGAUUGAAUGCGAAUGAAUCGCUAAGUGAUACAACAUAAACGCUAAAUAUAGUCGUGCUUAUUGUGAUUUGUGUAUAUAUAUAUAAUGUUUUGUGCAAUUCUUUUAUAAAAUAAAACUGAUUUUUAAAAA